AUGCUCUCUCUUCAGCACUCAUCUCUUGAAGUGAUUGAAAAUCACACAAAUCGGACAACAAUCAUGAAAUUCACCUCUCUCGUCUCCAUCGUCUCCUUGGCUGCUGUUGCCUCUGCCUGGCAUCUCCAGCUCUAUGACGGCGAGUUGUACCAAGGUCUCAUUCAUGACCGUAGCGGAACACUCUCCCAGCCAUGUGCUGACCUGGACGCCAGCGCCGAUAACAAGGCGUCCUCCAUGCAUUGGGAGGCCGGUACAUUCGCAGGCGAAAUCAUACUCUUUGAGAAACACGGCUGCGUGGCUGAAGUGGGGAGAUCCGAUGGCGAUUGGAGCCUCGCUCAGUUCUCGUCCUUCGCUAACAACAAAGUUAGCUCGUACAAGAUUAACUGA